CGGUAUCGGUUAUUUCUGUUUUCAUUGCCACUGGCUUGUAUCUGUGGGCGAUGCUUCAGAUGUGAUCCAUGUCUUGACAACAGAUAACCAUGACAAUGCAGGAAAUGACCUAGAGGCCUUACAGAUACAUUUGUGCUUUUGUCGCUCUAAUCUGCAUCCGCGGAGAACAGCGAGAUCUGGAAGCACACUUGUUUCCGCGGUGAGUAAUAUCUACCUCAGCCAGCAGACAGGAGAGAAACCAGGAAGCUGCUGGAGACUUCAGGCAGGCAGACAGAGCUAUCAGCUGGCCACUUGCUCACUGCCUGCAGAGUCCUGCUUUGUGAAGAGGAUUUGAGACGGACUGGAUCUGUCUGCCCUGCGCCUCCCACAGCUCCUUUACCAGCCAGUGCACAAGAGCCGAAACCACAUCCUCUGAUUCCAGCAUUUACGUACUUGUUUUUUGUUUUGUUUUAUUACUGUCAUUUUCCCUCCGUGCUGUUGACCAGUGUCUCAUUUUCCGUGGAUUCAAUUUUCAUUUUUCCUCUCAGCUUUUAAAAGGAUUUUCUACUUUUAUUAGUGCAGGCUGGUAUAACUUUAUAUAUGUAAAUACAUAUGUGUAUAUACUCUAUAUACUGUAUGAAGAAGGAUCCCCCCCCCAUUCUGAAGGAAAGUUAAUGCACUUUAAAACUUGGCUGUAGUACCACUUAAAGUAAACUAAGGAGUGUUUUUGACUUUUCCUCGCCUAUUAUGAUAAAUUUUUUUGAAGCUGGAAACAGAGAAUCUGGAGAAGUGUCUGUGCUGUUUUUAAGCUGGGUCUGACGUAUCUGCAGCAGGGCUGCAUGUAAGCAUUUCACUCGCCAGUCUUUUUGAUCGACCUCCAACCUCACCGAAGUCUGUGCUGCCUCUCUACAGGGCACACUGAGAUGAGCCUCUGGCAGGUGAAAUCCUUGAGCUGUCUUUUUACGUAACUUGAACAGUUUCAGCACCGUUGGGUUUAUUGUUUUUGUAAAAAGGACAAGAGCACUUUGCGGGGCAAAAACAAACUAAAAACCGCAGCUUCCGGUGCUGUCGCACCACUUAUGUAUUGUUGUAGUGCGCAGGAAAGUAAAAUGGACUACAAGCGUCGCUUUUUGCUCGGCGGGUCCAAGCAGAAAGUGCAACAGCACCAGCAGUACCAGAUGCCUGAGCUGAGCCGGACCCUGAGCGCCUCCCUGGCCUCCUCUUGCUCGGCCUCUUCGCCCAUGGGCACCGGGGUGGGCAUGCCUGGCAGCUGCCACCCACCUCCUUCUGGCGCCACUACCGCGGUUGCAGACAUCCAGCAAGGCAUCUCCAAAUAUUUGGAUGCACUCAACGUGUUCUGCCGGGCCAGCGCCUUCCUCACAGACCUGUUCAGCAGUGUGUUCAGGAACUCUCACUAUUCCAAAGCAGCUAUGCAACUGAAGGACGUGCAGGAACACGUCAUGGAGGCGGCCAGCAGGCUGACUGCAGCAAUAAAGCCUGAGAUCGCCAAGAUGCUGAUGGAGCUGAGCGCCGGGGCCGCCAACUUCAAAGACCAGAAUGACUUCAGCCUGCAGGAUGUUGAGGUGCUGGGUCGGUGCUUCCUCACGGUGAUGCAGGUCCAUUUCCAGUUUCUGUCACAGGCUUUGCAGAAGGUGCAGCCUGUGGCUCAAUCCUGCCUGGCAGAAGCUCUUGCCCAGGCCCAAGAGCGUUGCGCCAAUGCCCGCUCCCAAAGCUCUGAUCUCGGGCCUCUCACAGAGCUGGAGGAAGCCUCCCGCUCAUGGAAAGGUGCAGCUCAGGCCAUGGCAAGGCUGAGAGAGAGGGGCCGGGACGGCUGCCUGGCAGGCAUCCAGGUUCAGCAGCUCUUCUGCUCCAACAACACAAACAUCCCUGAGCAUCAGCUGAAGGAGCUCAACAUGAAGAUUGACAAUGCUUUACAGGCCUACAAAGCAGCACUUGAAAGCCUAGGCCAUAGUGAGUACGCACUGAAGGCCGGCUUUUAUCUUAACCCCAAAGCUGUGGAGGCAGCCUUACAGGGCUGCUGCAGUGAAGCAGAAGCCCAGCAGGCAGGCAGGAUGCAGACAACCUCCCAGCCCAUCCAAUGCGAGCUGCCCACCAUCCCUGUGCAGAUCGGCUCACAUUUCCUCAAAGGAGUGUCCUUCAACGAGUCAGCGGCUGAAAACCUCAAGCUGAAAACGCACACGAUGUUGCAGCUCAUUAAGGAGGCACUGGGCCAGAACGGAGUGACCCCCAGGGACGACUCUCCCGUCACUGAGGUCCUCAACCAAGUCUGCCCAUCCAGUUGGAGAGGAGCCUGCAAGACGGCCGUCCAGCUGCUGUUUGCCCAGGCUGGUUUGGUGGUUGUUGAUACAGCUCAGAUUGAGAACAAGGAGGCCUAUGCUCCCCAGAUCACUCUUGAGGGUUCCAAGGUGGUGGUCCAGGUUCCCUCUACAUGGUGUCUGAAGGAGGACCCAGCCACUAUGUCCUUGCUCCAGCGGAGCUUGGACCCUGAGAAGACACUUGGUCUGGUAGACGUGCUGUACACAGCAGUGUUUGACAUCAACAGGUGGAAGGAGAGAAAAGAGCAAGCCUUGCCCACCAUUCAGAUACAGCUGCAGCGGGAGAGCCCAGACUAUGGCGGUCAGGCAGACCUGCCUCCAGGCACCAGUUCCAAGACCUCCAGUGGAUUGCCCAAAACAAUAUCCAAGCUGACUUCAAAGUUUACCAAGAAGGUCUCAUCCAGCUCUAAUAGUGGGGGCAGUUACUCCAUCCCUAACACCCCGUCUCGCAGCAUGCUAACAACCAGUAGCUCUGAGGAUAAGGCCAAGAGCCUGGGCCACAGUGAUGGGAGGCUACAGAGCAUCCUGCAGAUGAGCAGCUUGUCCUGCACCCCCGACUCUACCCAGCAAAGCCUGCUGGCCAACGGCUCAGUGUCUGACGACCAGGGGAUGAACCUGCCGACGGACCAAGAGAUGCAGGAUGUCAUCGACUUUCUCUCAGGAUUCAACAUGGGAAAAUCCCAGCAGGCAUCGCCCCUGGUCAAGAGAAGAAACUCUGUGGCGUCUGCAAACCCUGCUGAGCUGAAGCCCCCAAGUGGACCUCAGCCGACUUCUCAGUCUAUCUCUCACAAUGCCCUGCAGCCCCAAGCUCAGACCCUGUCCCAACCCCAGCCCCAGGCAGUGCAGAAGCAGCAGCCUCAGCCACAAACACAGCCACCUCCUCCACAACAACAGCCCCAACAACAACAGCCCCCUCCUCCACCACAACAGCCCUCCCCACAGGCCCUGCAGUACUACCAGCACCUCCUGCAGCCUAUCAGUCAGCAGCAGCCACCUCCUCCCCAGCUUCCUCCUCAGCAGACCCCACCCCAGGUCCUGCCACAGCAAAGAGUGGCAAGCAAGUGGCUCGGCACCUCUGGGCAACAGCCUCCGCCGCAAGGCCCGCCAGCUGGGCUGUCACCCCUGGGUCCAAUCGGGCAGUGGGGGUCUCCUGGACUGCCGGAUCUGAGCUCAGAUCUGUACAGUCUGGGCCUGGUAAGCACCUACAUGGACAGUGUCAUGUCAGAGAUGCUUGGCCAGAAGCCACAGGGGCCCCGCAACAAUACUUGGCCCAACAGGGACCAGAGUGAAGGAGUGUUUGGAGUCCUGGGAGACACGCUGCCCUUCGACCCAGCAGUUGGCUCUGACCCUGAGUUUGCGCGUUACGUUGCCGGCGUCAGUCAGGCCAUGCAGCAGAAACGGCAGGUGCAGCACAUCCGUCGCCCUAGCAACCCGCGCAGCAACUGGCCAAUGCCUGAUGAGCAGCACAGGACCUGGUCCCACCCAGAGUACUACAAUGAGGGGGAGGCCGUAAACAGCAGCUGGUCAGCCAAUCAGGGGGACUCGGCCAGCUCUAGCGAUGAGACGUCUUCAGCCAAUGGUGACAGCCUGUUCUCCAUGUUUUCUGGGCCAGACCUGGUAGCUGCGGUUAAACAAAGAAGAAAACACAGUUGUGGUGAGCCGGAGGUGUGCACUCUGCCCUCACCACCACUCCAUCACAUCGGCGAUGAUAACCAGGACAGCAAAACUAAAACCUGGCCUCCCAAAGCGCCAUGGCAGCACUCCACCCACACCCACACCCACACCAACACCAUGCCCAAUCCCAGCUCUUCCUUGUACCAGAUGAACAUCCCUCCUUCCUCCCAGUGGAGCGACUCCAUGCAGAUGUUGCAGUCUCCCGUGUGGUCCACUGCCAGCGACUGCUCCCCCUCCACCGGCAUCUCCUCUGGUUUUCCCUUCACCCAGCAGCAACAACAGCAGCAGCAGCAGCAACAACAGCAACAACAACAACAACAGCAGCAACAACAACAACAACAGCAGCAGCAACACAAACCCAUGACCAAGGGCUUUAAAUCCUUUCCCCUCAAACACGAGCACAGGCCCUCCUACCUUCACCAGUACUGAUUACAGUCUAAUGUGGAACGAGUCCACAGUGAAGUGCCACUGAGGGCCUGUUGCUCUGUUAGAUGAGCCACUGUGUGGGCCGAGCUGCAGCCAUUACAGUCCACACUCACUGAAUUAGUAGAUUUCAAAUCAUCAGAGGCAAAAUUAAGUAUACACACUGGCUCAACAUUUUUGUAUCUAUAUUUUUCCAUGUCAAACAUCCCCAUUUGAAAAAGAGACGUAUUUUGAAGUUUUUUGAACUGCCAUGUUUUAACUACGAAAGGCGCAUGUGUCAUGCUGACAGCAGUUAGUCUAGUGGUUGUUUCUCUGUCUGUUGAGCUGACGUCUCCUCAGACAAGAGCUGGAGACGUGCACGGCCGUCACCCACUUGCUUCUGCAGCUGUGUGUGUGUGUGUGUGUGUGUGUGUGUGUGUGUGUGUGUGUGUGUGUGUGUGUGUGUGUGUGUGUGUGUGUGUGUGUGUGUGUGUGUGUGUGUGUGUGUGUGUGUGUGUGUGUGUGUGUGUGUGUGUGUGUGUGUGUGUGUGUGUGUGUGUGUGUGAGAAGGAGGGGGAUUACAAGGGGGCAAGGGCUUGAAAUGCUCUCAUUUUGCCCAUAAUAAAUAUACUGUGUCUACAUAGCUGUAACUGCCAAAUCUCACGCAAGAUGACUCAGAAUACAGCUACCAUCUACUGUUUCAUAGCUUGUAAAAUACUGAAGUUGAAAUAUAAAUAUUUAGUUCUUUUUAUUAAGAGGCUUUGAGCAGGCUCAGCAUAAAUAUAGUAAGUCACUGCAGAGGUGUAACUUGAGAGAAAUACACUACUUUUUCAACAACUGACCAGAGAUAAGACAUAUAGCAGUAACAAUGUGCCAUGUUGGUAUUGAUAGCACUUGCAGAAUAUUAUUUCCAACCAAAGCGUUGUUCAGAAGAUGAAUGGUGCUGAAGAGAUAAGAGGCGGUCUGAGAUUAUUGAGAAACGGUGAAGUUAUACACCCUAUUGGACGAGAGCUUUAGGGAACAUCUUCACACCCAGAAGCGCAUUCAUUUCCUCCUCUCUAAUUGGCGGUUGUUGCUCCAGAUUGACACUAACUCUCAUAAACCUAAUUUUUCUUUUGUUUAUUAAUACAAUAUUUUUCUUGUACAAUUAUUGACAGUAUUAAUCUUAUUUUUGUAUUUUCUUACAUGUUAUACCAUUACUGUAUGUUAGUAUUCUUGUAGGCAUAUACAUAAAACAUUAUUUUCCACCUCCCAAUAUGUGAAAAAGCACAUUUUUUUCCUACAGAGUUGAACUACACCAUCUAUCUAUAAAGGUUACCAAAUAUGCCAUGCUAAACACUAAAACAUUGUGUGAUGAGGGUGUUUUCGAGCCCUUGUUUCUUCGGUUUCUAUGGCAAUGGGCUGCAUUUAAAAGCCCAGAAUGUUAUCUUUUUGUGAUGUUUGCGGAUGCCAAUGUUGCCUGUAUUUAUGAAAUGACACCAUGUUUUCAGAAAACUAACAUACUUAACAUGUUUACAGAGAAUUGUUUGCUGUAUAUACAUAUAAAUAUAUAUCUUUUUAUAGUUAAUGUGCUUUGCACAAUCAAGAUAUAGGGUUUGUUGCUUUUUGUCUGUGUUCUCUCCCUAACUGUUGCAGCCUUUUUUAAAGACAUCAUUACAGACCUUGGACUGUAACUGUUAGCUUCUCAGCUGUGUCAAAUGGUUUACUAGUGGCUUCUACAAAAGAAAAAAAAAAAUAAUAAAAACAUGUUGCCCUGGUAGAAGAUAUGAAGGGGGACUGCUUGGCUUAUGUUGCUUAUUGUUCUCUUGAGCUGGCAACUGAAUCUUUCCAAGUGUACCAGCAAUGCAAAAAAUGAAUAAAAAUGACUAGCAAUUCAAA